AUGUUUAAAUCAACUUAGCAUUACAAUGGGAAUUCAUACAAAUAGAAAUAGACAAAUUAAAGAGAAGAUUACAAAAAUGCUUUGAAGCAGGCACUGGUUGAUAAAUUUUCUAUUGAUCUUUAAAGUCAAUCUUCUUAGGGUGCUGUGAAUCUGAAAAGCAUUUCUACAGUGAGUACAAGAAAUACUCCUAUUGAAUCCAGCAAAGAUGAGGAUGAAAAUGAAGAGGUUCUUAGACGACAUCUUCAAGAAAUUGUGAAUAGAAACAAGGCAAGUUCUAAAACUGGAGUUCAUAGUGCUAAUACUGGAAGUAGCAGUGGGAAAAAUAUAACCACUGUUUCUCUUAAAGGAUUGAAAGUUCUACAAAAAGUUAAGACUACUAAAGUAAGGGAAUCAUUUUCAAAAGACUUAGACAUAGGAAGUCAAAAACUCAACAGUAGGAUUGAGAACUACUCUAAAGCAAUACCCAAGAAAUCAAAAGAAAUAUGUGAUUCCACAGAUGAGCGAAAUAUCAAUAGUGCGAUGAGAGACUAUGAUAUUAUAAGGAUUCCCUCAGGCAGAAGAAACAAAAACAAAUCAACAACUAAUAACAGAAAAUCUUCAAUUUAGAAGAAUGAAAACAGACCCUUUUUGAUUUCCUAAUAGAAAUCUCCUCCUUACAUUAAUUUACCACCUUUACCUCAUGCCAUGAAAAGAGAUGAAUCUGGAUAGAUUGAUUUUCCUUAAAACAAUUAAUAUUUGGCAAAAAACAUUUUGGAGCACCGAAAAUCCAUAUCUAAAACCCUUAGUAUCGAUGAGUAACUUAGGGGUCGUUCGCAGAAGUAUAGAAAUUCAGAAAUCGCUGUAACUGAGCCAAGUCUUAAACCAGAGAGAGUUUAGCUCCUUAAAAGUAGCAAUCAAAACUAAAGGGGAAUGCAAAAGUAGUUAUCUUGCGAAAGUUUGAAAUUAGGUCAGUUGAGAGAUUCGUCUUAAAAUCCACCUUAACAACAUUCUACUAAAUAACGAGUUAAGAAGUUAUAAUCUCUAAACAACGUUACGAGCUGUCUUGAAAAUGAUCCUGAUAUUGAUGUUCAGCAUUUCAGUUAGGAAUUACAAGAGAUAAUGAACUACAACUAAAUAAAAUUUGAAAACGAAAAGCCUCUUGUUUCAACUCAGAAUAAUAACUUGCUGGUCUAUGGCUUUGGAACAAAUUCAUCAAGAGGAAAUACUAGGGAUUAUAAUGAAGAUCGAUUUAUUGUAAAAGAGAAUGCUUCGAUGCCAGACAAAUGCAGUGCUAUCUAAUCUUGGAAAAAGAUAAAUUUAUAUGCAGUGCUUGAUGGGCAUGGAGGAGAUUAAUGUGUGGACUAUGUCAAAGAACAUCUCUUUAAAGAGAUAACUAAAGAUUAAAAUUUUACUGAAGGUAACUUCAAGCAAUCUCUAAGCCAAGCUUGCAAUAGAAUAGAAAAAAAUUUCUUUGAAAAAAUAGAAAAUGCAUUCAAUGAGGAAAAGGAGUCAGAUUAUGAUGCUAAAAUCGACAAGAGUGGGACUUGUGCCACCAUAUUGAUGUUCAUUAAUAGAGUUUGUUACAUCGGUUAGAUUGGAGAUGGUAGAUGUGUUGUAAGUAAAGACUUAUCUUAGAAUAUAAUGCAAGUCACUAGGGAUCAUAAACCAAACGAUCCAAUUGAGAAAGAAAGAAUAGUUUCUAACGGAGGAAGUGUGUAUUCAGUUAUCCCAGGAAGAUUAUCAGUAGCUAGAACCAUAGGGGAUAUAGAAUCUAAGAUUGCCAAAUACGGGGGUAAAUCAGGGGUUAUAGUUUCCUAACCUGAUGUGCAUUCUCUAAAGAUAAAUGAUAACUUCGAUUUCAUGAUUAUCGGAUGUGAUGGAAUUUUCGAUUCUCUUGACAAUGACUAUUUAGUUCGUUUAGUUUGGACUUAUGUGCGUGAAUGCAAAUUGAUCAGAUAUCAACAGAAGGGCAACCAAUUUCAUCUCAUUAAUAUACAUCAACUGAGUGGUUAAAUUGCAGAGUUGAUCAUCCGAGCUGCUGCUUUUCAUGGAAGCACUGAUAAUCUCACAGUUAUUUUCAUAGCAUUCAAGGGACUUUAGGAUUACUUGAUAGAUCAUAACAUUGAGAAGUGA